UUGAAAACUUUUAAAGUUUCGUUUCCUUCGAUUUAUUUCAAUUGUUCUGCUGGAAAAGCUCGUUCGUGAAUAUUUUGGCUGAUUGGAUUAUUUUGUCUUUUUUUUUGUUUUAAUUUGUUCUUUUUGUUGAUGAUUUCUUUGAAAGCGAUGUGUGUCAAAAUUUAUUUUUUUUCCUCAAUGGAGGGUCGAAAUUUUCAAACUUUCAUAAUGGGUUUGAAUAGAUUCUGCCAAUUUUAAUGGGUUUGAAUAUUUUCUGCCAAUUUUAAUGGGUUAUUCAUAAUUCACCUUGAAUUAUCAGUUUCCAUUGUCUAAUUUUGAAGCUUGAUUGAGGUUGAACACUUGAGUUUAAUUUUGUCCUAAUGAGAUAUCAAACUGUUGAUUUUAGGAGGAAGGGGCUGUAUGUAUAACUUAUAAGCUAAGAUAAAACUUUUUUGAUUUUAAUUUCUGGAGUAGGAUAAGUGGCUUUUCUUUUUUUAGAAGAAAAAAAAAAAAACUGUGUUCUUCGAUUGGUUAUAUGUUAGUGUUAGCGCAUAACAUUCUUUGUGUCGUAUUUUUAGUUUGAUGAUGUCUUUCGUAGAGUACAUGGAUUAAAUUGAUUGAAAUUGGAGUGGAGAGAAUAAAUGAACAUUUUGGAAUGAUAUAGAGACUGGUCAGGUACAUUCCUCGAUUGGAAAUCAAUGCAAUACUAUGAAGGAAACUCGCGAAUUUAUUAAAACUAAUAUCUAUUAAUAAUGAUUUGAAAAAGUUUAGAGUAGUUUUCUUAGUAGUUUUAAAUUUUGUACAUGUUAAUAGAAUUUUUUCAUUAAUGUUUGCUUUAAGCAAGUAGAACUAUUAUAUAUGAUGGUGCUUCGUCCUAUUAUGCUUUAGUUGUUAAUCUAAACUGAUUUGGUGGCAUCGUUGUAAUGAAAUAUAGUUGUAUCUAGAGCUGUAGUCUAUCUGUCAUGUCAGAGGCAUAUACAGAUUCAUUUGGAUCGGUCAAGCAAUUUAAAGCUGGACCAGAUUUCUUUGGCUUCUAUGCUCGUGAAAUAGCUGAUCUUUUGUCUCAAAAUGAGAGUACCCUGUCCACUUCCAAUGCAUCUGAGUUGUCCCAAGGCAAAUAUGGGAUGGUCAAUGGAAAAGAGGCUAUGGACUGUAGCCAUCAAGAUGCUAGUUCAUUAUUUGAACACAGCAUAGGUGCUGGGUUUUCAGAUUUCAAAAAUGGAAAAUUGAAGGCAUUACUUAGGCAGAGUGUGAAUGAUCUUUCAAUGGAAAUUGAUGAGAUGUUAGAUCCUGUUGUGGCCAUGUCUCAGUUACGGUAUAAGCUCAAAAGCAACAAUUCAUUGGUGGCAGCAUCAAAUGAUAAUGUAGCCAAAAUUGCAAGCAAGAAACCUAAGAUGUCAUCUUCUUGCUCAUCGGCUAGCAUCACUGCAAAUUCUUGUCCUAUAAAAUCUGAAUCUUGCGUAGAGGUGGAAGAUGACUUGCGGUUCCUUCUAGAGAACGAUAACCCUUUGCUGGUAGAGCAAACAAUGAAAAAAUAUUCUGAUGAACUAUCCUCAACGCUAUUGCAUAUGGAGCAGAAGCUUGAAGAAACUUUAGAUACUAUAAUGUCCAAGUGUAGGCCCAUGACACUUAUUGAGAAGCAGCAGCUGCAAAAGUUGAUUCAGAAGCUGCCUCAGGAAAAUCUUGUCCGUGUUGUUGAUAUUAUCCAACGUGGUAGGCCAGCUGGAAAAUCUCGUGGUGAAGAAAUUUUUGUUGAUUUGGAACAAGAGAAAAAUGUAACACUAUGGAGAUUAUAUUACCAUGUAGAAGCAGUUGAGAAAGCCAAAAUGCUUGCACAUUCACAGUGUAGUACAACCCGAACAUAAUUACAUAAUUAUAGACCUUUACCUUAUUGUGAUUGUGACAGAUGUAAAUAGAACUAUUAUAAGAAAUUUACUUAUUUGUAUCAAUGGAUCAUGUUUUUUGAUUUCUAAAUGGAUUGAAUAGUUCAUACU